UCGCCUCUAGUCUCUUUGACGCCAGGACAGGGGCGACGAGGAGCAGGGGCAACAACAGGCAGAAAAAAAGGAAAAAAAUAAAAUAAAAAUCCUCCUUCAUGUUGGUGUCUGUAAAACAGAGGAAAGGUCGAGGGACGCUACGACAUUUAUCAAAGGUGCUGGUCUGAAUAUUUUCCCACUCUGUCCAUAUCCACUGUCUAAAAUGGAUUAGGCCUUUCUCUUCCCAUUCCAUUUUUCCAUUUUACGGGCAAUUCCGCAAAUCAGCUAAUUCUUUCCUUUGCCACUUGCACCAGUUUCUGAGUGGUUGUGACCCGGUUACACCCCCCACCCCCCACCCCACCCCCUACACUGCAGGCCUUCCUGACCACUUGCAGCUGUGUCCUGCCUCCGUUUCCUGUCCUUGGUCGUGCAAGGCUAAAGCCCUGUACUCCCUAAAGACCCCCAAACAAACCCACACAGACGUCCUCCUGGCCCUGCUAGUGGUCCAGCUCCCUCUUCCUUGUGCAGCGUGGCACGAUGACCUCCAUGUCCAGCCUGUUCUCAUUCACCAGCCCAGCGGUGAAACGCCUCCUCGGUUGGAAGCAGGGUGAUGAGGAGGAAAAGUGGGCCGAAAAGGCCGUGGACGCGCUGGUCAAGAAGCUGAAGAAGAAGAAGGGUGCCAUGGAGGACCUGGAGAAGGCCUUGAGCAGUCCUGGGCAGCCCAGCAAGUGCGUGACCAUUCCGCGCUCACUGGACGGCCGCCUGCAGGUGUCCCACAGGAAGGGCCUUCCUCAUGUCAUCUAUUGCCGCGUGUGGCGCUGGCCUGACCUGCAGUCCCACCAUGAGCUCAAGCCCUUGGAGGUGUGCGAAUACCCAUUUGGCUCCAAACAGAAAGAAGUGUGCAUCAACCCUUAUCACUACAAGAGGGUGGAAAGUCCUGUGCUUCCUCCUGUGCUGGUGCCCAGACACAGCGAGUUCAACCCCCAGCAUAGCCUUCUGGUGCAGUUCCGCAACCUCAGCCACAACGAGCCACACAUGCCUUUGAACGCCACCUUCCCAGAGUCCUUCCAACAGCACAGUGGGGGGAGCUCCUUCCCUAUCUCACCGAAUUCGCCUUACCCCCCCUCUCCUGCCAGCAGCGGUACAUACCCCAACUCCCCUGCCAGCUCGGGUCCAUCCAGCCCUUUCCAGCUCCCAGCUGACACCCCUCCCCCUGCCUACAUGCCUCCGGAGGAACAGAUGGGACAGGAUGGCUCUCAGAACAUGGACACUGGCAACAGCAUGGUGCCUCAAAAUAUGCCCAGAGGAGAUGUGCAGCCAGUAGAAUAUGAGGAGCCCAGUCACUGGUGCUCCAUUGUGUACUAUGAGCUGAACAACCGUGUGGGUGAGGCUUACCACGCUUCCUCUACCAGUGUGCUGGUAGAUGGAUUCACUGACCCAUCUAACAACAAAAACCGCUUUUGCCUGGGCCUGCUAUCCAACGUCAACCGCAAUUCAACUAUUGAGAACACCCGCCGCCAUAUCGGCAAAGGUGUCCACCUGUAUUAUGUUGGAGGAGAGGUGUAUGCUGAGUGUUUGAGCGAUACCAGCAUUUUUGUCCAGAGCAGGAACUGCAACUACCACCAUGGUUUUCAUCCCACUACUGUCUGCAAGAUCCCGAGUGGCUGCAGCCUCAAAAUCUUCAACAAUCAGGAGUUUGCCCAGCUGCUUGCUCAGUCUGUCAACCAUGGCUUUGAGGCUGUCUAUGAGCUUACCAAGAUGUGUACCAUUCGCAUGAGCUUUGUAAAGGGUUGGGGUGCUGAGUAUCACAGACAAGAUGUUACCAGCACCCCCUGCUGGAUAGAAGUACAUCUGCAUGGUCCCCUUCAAUGGCUGGAUAAAGUACUAACACAAAUGGGCUCCCCUGUGAACCCCAUCUCUUCAGUUUCCUAAUGAUGGGCCCUUGAUGGGCUGUGAGGAUCUUUUAAUGUGGCGGGGGGGGCUUUUUUGUGGUGGUUUUUUUUUUUUUUUUUUUGACAUUUUUCCCCUUCCAGUUUUGAAAGAAAUGGAGGUCUUAAGGGCUGAACUGUUUACACUACCUGCAAAAGGGUCGUGAACACCCUGAAGCAGUCACAAUGAGAAAACUGAGGCAACAAGCACAUCUAGCAGAGGAAAAUUCUAGGCUGUGGCAUACAAUGGACUAACUACUGCUUUAGCAAUUGCCGUCAUGUUAAGAUUAUGCUUGUAUGAGUGAUUUCUCUCUGUAGGUAAUCUUGUAGUUGAAUGAAACUGAAAUGUAUCUUCACCUUACACCAGUCAAAAUGGCAAUCUUCUGGUUCUAUAAGAAUCUUUUUAUUUGCCAUGUUGUCUAAUCCCAGUUAUUCUCAAGACAUAGUCUCUCUUCUGUUUACUAUUAGUUUCUUCUCACUACAGUUGUUUCCUUUUUAUAGCUUUUAUUGCCUAAAGGCAAAACAAAGUAACUGCUUUUCAAUAAAGUCUUCGCUGAUGAAAUUCAGGUGCAUUAUUUUAGCAGAUGAAUUUUUGUUGAGGUGUUCAUAGCUUGUGUAUUAAUCAUUUGACAGAGCAUUUACCUUUCCCUUUAUACUGUAGGCUUUCUGGGUAACUAGAGAAUAUGUAGUAUUAUUUUUGUCCUAAUUCUAUUGUAUUCAAUGAAUUUGAGUUCAGUUCAGAUUAAACUAGCCAUGAAAGGAA